UAAUCAUCUCUAGUUGAUUCUGUGGGUUAUAACUUAGGAAUCGCCGCACACCUUUGUACCCAGACGUCGAUUGUAAGCCAGCCUUUAUCACCUUCAUCACUCCUAUCUCGAAUUCCCAUUGGCCCCAAACCAAGAACUACUGUUUAGUGGGUUUAUGAUUAGCCGGUAAUGCGGGUGCCCUGCGAUAAGGAUAAGUUAUAAUAGAAGUCUAAUGCGGGGCAAAUUGACCGUUGCUGGUUUUUCAUAUCACUCAGUCGUGGGAGAGCCGCCGAAAGAGCAGCUGGCUGAGUUAUUGGACAAUAUUGGAUCGAAGCAAACAUGAAAAUCGAAUGGGCACCCCUCAGAGUUCCUCUGGAGCGUCGACUGCAGAUACUGGUCACGGCGUUCUUCACCUCGAUGCUGGUGAUACUGCUAUCUGUUUCGUUUCUUUUAGUAGCUGGCUCACUGAUCUAUGGAGGCCUCUUUCUGCGCAGCCUAAUGCUGAUUUACUUGGUUUACGUGUACGUGCACCACAAGCAAACCCAAUCUGUGGUGGAUGGCAAUGGAUGGUUGAUAACCCGCACUAAUCCCAUACAUCGGCGCUAUCGCGAUUACUUUCCCGUGGAACUGGUGAAAACCGCCGAGCUGCCGGCCAAUAAGAACUACAUCUUGGCCAGCUUUCCACAUGGAAUCUUGGGAACGGGCGUUGGUAUUAACAUGGGUGUGGAAAUCUCCAAGUGGCUGGAGUUGUUCCCCCAAGUGCGGCCCAAAGUGGGCACUCUGGAUCAGCACUUCCAUGUUCCCUUCAUGCGCGAGGUCAUCCGUUGCUGGGGCCUGGUGUCCGUAUCCAAGGAGGCCCUAAUCCGCAUGCUCAGCAAGUCAAAUGAUCCCAAGCACAAGGAUAAUCGGGAUGGAUUUACCGCGAAUGCGGUGGCCAUACUGGUGGGUGGUGCCCAGGAGGCCAUGGACUCGCAUCCCGGUCAGUACAUUUUGACCCUGAAGAACCGCAAGGGUUUCGUCAAAAUGGCCAUUCGAACGGGUUCCUCGAUUGUGCCCUCGUUUUCCUUCGGCGAGGUGGACAUCUUCGAUCAGGUGGCCAAUCCUCCAGACUCCCUCCUGCGUCGGAUUCAGAACGUGGUUAAGAAACUUACCGGCGUUUCUCCGCUGAUCCCAGUGGGUCGAGGUUUCUUUAACUACACCUUUGGGCCCCUGCCUUUUCGACGACGCAUUGUCCAAGUUGUUGGUUCCCCCAUUGAUGUUGUGAAGAGUGAUAAACCCGACUCGGAGUAUGUGGACAAAGUUCAUGGGCAGGUCAUUGAGGCCCUGGAGAAAUUAUUUGAGCAGCACAAAGGGAAAUAUCUACAGAACCCCACGAGUGCCAAACUGGUUGUACAGUAGUUAAAAAGUGUUUAAUAGUUUUUUUUACCAGAGAUUAGAGGGUAACAGUAUUACAAAUGUUACAGUUUGAUUUUAUGAUACCAAGCGCAGUUUUGUUAUAAAAAAGGCAGUGUAAAAUAAAAUCGUUUUUUAAAAUUA